AUGCACUGGACACCAGAACACGCCCAGCCCCUCAACCAGUGGCCAGAGCAGCACCUGGACGUCUCCUCCACCACCCCAUCGCCGGCCCACAAGUUGGAGAUGCCUCCAGGGGGUCGCCAGCGCUGCCACUACGCUUGGGCACACGACGACAUCUCCGCCCUCACUGCCUCCAACCUCCUCAAGCGCUACGCUGAGAAGUACUCCGGAGUCCUGGACUCGCCCUACGAGCGCCCGGGCCUAGGCAGCUACGGUGACGCCGCCUUCCUCAACGGCGCCAAAGGGGACCCGGAACCCUGGCCGGGGCCGGAGCCACCUUACCCCUUGGCCUCGCUCCACGAAGGCCUCCCGGGAGCCAAGCCGGCCGGCGGGGGUGGGUCCGCGGGCCUCGGGGGCUCCCCGGUAGUAGCCGGGAACCUGGCUGAGCCGCUGUACACGGGCAACGCGUGCGGGGGCCCAUCGGCGGCCACCGAGUACGCGACGGGCUACGGGGGCGGGUACCUGGCGCCCGGCUACUGCGCGCAGACGAGCGCCGCGCUGGCCGCGCCGCCCCCGGCCGCGCUCCUGCAGCCAGCCCCGCCGCCGGGCUACGGGCCCUCGGCGCCGCUCUACAACUACCCGGCGGCCGGCUACGCCGCGCAGCCCGGCUACGGUGCGCUCCCGCCGCCCGCCGCGCCCCCCGCGCCCUACCUGCCGUCCGGCCUGGCGGCACCCACGCCCCUGCCGGCCCCCGCACCGCCCCGGCCCGCGCCCUACGGCUUCCCCGCCGCCGCCGAGGGCGUGUCGCUCAAGCGCAAGGCGGUGGACGAGGGCGCGGAGGCCCGCUACCGCAAGUACGCUUACGAGCCCGCCAAGGCCCCCGCGGCCGACGGUGCCGCCUACCCCGCCGCGGACGACGCCGAGUGUCGGGGCAACGGGUUCCGCGCGAAGCCACCCGGAGCUCCGGAGGAGGGGACGGGCAAGUACGGCGGCGGCGGCGGCGGUGGCCCUCUCAAGGUCCUGGGCUCCCCCGCCUACGGCCCUCCUCUCGAGCCCUUCGACAAGUUCCCCGAGCGGGCCCCGGCCACCCGCGGAGGAUUCACGGCGCCGUCGGGGGAGCCUCCCAAAGGUGUGGACCCGGGGACCCUGGAGCUGGUGACCAGCAAGAUGGUGGACUGCGGGCCCCCGGUGCAGUGGGCAGACGUGGCGGGCCAGGGCGCGCUCAAGGCGGCGCUGGAGGAGGAGCUGCUGUGGCCCCUGCUCAGGCCGCCCGCCUGUCCCGGCAGCGCGCGCCCGCCGCGGACCGUGCUGCUCUUCGGGCCCCGCGGCUCCGGCAAAGCGCUGCUGGGCCGCUGCCUCGCCACCCAGCUGGGCGCCACGCUGCUGCGCCUGCGCGGGGCCGGCUUGGCCGCCUCCGGCGCCGUCGAGGGCGCGCGCCUCCUGCAGGCGGCCUUUGCGGCCGCGCGCUGCCGGCCGCCGGCGGUGCUGCUCAUCAGCGAGCUGGAUGCGCUGCUGCCGGCGCGGGACGACGGCGCCUCGCUGCGGGCGCCUCUGCUGGCCUGCCUGGACGGCGGCUGCGGCGCGCGCUCCGACGGCGUGCUGGUGGUGGGCACCACCUCGCGGCCGGGGGCCCUGGACGAGGCGACCCGCCGGCGUUUCGCGCUGCGCUUGUACGUGGCCCUGCCCGACGGCGCGGCGCGCGGGCAGAUCCUGCAGAGGGCGCUGGCUCAGCAGGGCUGUGCGCUGAGCGAGCGGGAGCUGGCCGCCCUGGUGCAGGGCACCCAGGGCUUCUCGGGCGGCGAGCUGGGGCAGCUGUGCCAGCAGGCAGCGGCCGAGGCGGGCCUCUCCGGACUGCAGCGGCCCCUUUCCUACAAAGACGUGGAGGCUGCUCUAGCCAAGGUGGGCCCUCGGGUCUCCCCCAAGGAGCUGGACUCGCUAGUGGAGUGGGACAAAAUGUAUGGCUCCGGACAUUGAGGGUGGCAGAGGGGAGGCCACCUCCGCCUCAGGGGAUGUCCUUGGCCAAAGGAGUGAUGAAUGUGGGGUGGAAGAGGGGAGGACUCUGCCAGGGGAUUUGUUCUUUAUGGGAAGGAAAAUGCUUCUGCCCGGCAGAUCGAUGCCAUAUGCACCGUGUACUCAGGUUUCUCCUAUUUAUUGUGGACGGGAAGUUCGCCAUCUCCGCCGGGCACACCGGGCACACCCGACAUGAGCUGGCACCAGGGCCUAGGGAACUCCCGCCCUCUCUCCACAAUCCUCUUGCCUCCUUGCCCUCUGAGCAUCCUCCUUCCCGUUCUACCUUCUCUGUAUUGACUUAGUUUCUCAAGGCUUUGUCCCUGACCCUCCUCAUACUGUCCCUGUUCUUUCAGCUCCACCUUCCGGUCCCCACCUCAUCUGUCGCCCUCCGUGCUUCUCUGUGUAGCUGCUGUGUGUCUCCUGGACUCUGCUUUAAUCCCUCCUCACUGUUCCUCGUCCACACCGCAGCGUCUCUUGACAGUUCUUUUGGCCCAGAGGCUGAGGAAGGGGGUGUAGUGAGCCCCACAACCCCCUCAGUACAUUUAUCCACCCGACAUCUUGGGUCUACGGGGUGGGAACAAGGAAAGGGGGGGGAAACACCCAAAGAAGGGUUUUGUUUUGUUUUGUUUUUGGUUUGUUCAUUUUUGAGGUUUGCCCCAGAAAUGUAGGUUGCUUAAUAUUUUAGGCCUCUUAUUUUUGUAAGAUGUGUAGGAUUUACUGUUUUUCCGUUUUAUUUUGACAACUCAGGAAGAAACUGACCUCAGAAAGAAUGUUAGACUUUGCCUGCUCUCCUGUUACCCCCAGCCCCACCCCAGGGGAGCAGAUUCUCCCAGACCAGAGAGACUUGGGGCUGCUGAGGAACACCAGAGAAAAGCCCCAAACUGCUGUUACUGGGAUAGAAACAGAAUGUAGGCAAGGGCUCCUCCCCAGGCCCAGCGUGGGAGCAAGAGGAGAGGGUGGGGGCAGGGGACUCCAGAGGGCAAGUGAGGCUCCCUAUUGCCACUGUCUCCUGUGGGCUCCAUCCUCGGCUCCAGGUUGUCUGUGAAGCUUACAAGGGGCUGGGGUGCUCUUGCCCAUAUCCUGCCUCAGAGGUGACCCAAGUGGAACGUUCUCAGGCCACCUCACUGGACACCUGCUUGGUCAGAGGCUCCCUAGACCAGGCUAAGAGGAUUCCCUCAGGAAUGAAGAUGAUCUAGCCGGAAGUCUGGCUGGGCACAAUAUUGACUACUAGGAGCCAGGCCACCUGUUCCUCUGGGUCCUGUCAGGAGGCAGAGCAUUGCUCUGGAGAAAGUUCUGUGGGGAGUGUAUUUACUUGUUCCCCUGGAGUGUUGGGCCUGGAGAGUACAGGGUGUUUUCUGGUGACAGGGGGACUAGAACCCUCCUCUUCAGCCCCCAUUCCUCCUCCUGCUUGUUCCCUUCGUGGGGCUUCAGCGAUUUAGCCCCUCAGACCAUGUCACAAUCUUUGGGGCAAAGAAAGGACACUCCCCAUCUUUGUCCCACCCUGGCCCCCCACCCCCGCUUAUCCCUACAGUUCCUAGUUCCCUGUCAUGAGAGAUGUGGUAGGGGCCAGGGUGCUGAGGGCAGGUGCUAGCCGUGAGUGUGAGCAGGAAAGCUCGGCCUCCUCUUCAUCCUUGUUCUCUCUGAGCCUCUCUCUGGAGCCAGCCAACCAAGGGCAGGACUCAGAAUGCUGCUGCAAAAAGAUCCUUGGUGGGAACACGGAGUAAAGGAGUUC